UAGCUUAUGGGAACGCUUUCCUUCCUUCCCUUUGCUCCAAAUCGUCAGUCAGUGAAUGAGUGGGUCAUGAAUUUUAUGAUUGAUCGCCGCCUUAAAAGUUAAAAUCAGUUGGAAGGAUGAUCCCAUCGAGACUGCGAUGAUUAUAGGUGAAAUCCCAUAAUCUGUCCUCCCCUAAAAUUGGCCUCCCAUCGCCACGAUCUUUGCUCAAUUCUCAACAAACGGAGAGCAGGAGGAGGAGGAAGAAGAUGAUGAUGAUGAUGAAGAUGAUCGGUAAAUCCCGCAUUGAAGCAUUCAUGUCUUGGUUCGUCAGAGUUCAUCCCCACGAGACAUCCGCUUUGUUUUGUUCCACCUCCACUUUCUUCUUCAUAUUGGGUGCUUAUUUCGUGGUUUUACCCUUACGCGACGAAGGGGCAAUCUCAUUAGGGUUAGGCAAAUUGCCUGGCCUAUUUGCGGGAUCAUUGCUCCUCACCUUGCUUGCUGCUCCCCUUUCCACCCUCAUCUUCUCUUUGCCUAAUCUUCCUAAAAGAAAGGCUCUGGUCUUCAUCCACAGGUUUUUUAGUGCGUCUCUUGUUGUCUUCUUUAUCCUCUGGCUUUCCUCCUCACCUGGAAGCGCAGCGUUCAAUUUCAAGGGGUUUCUUCACAUGUCGUCCACUAUUAAAGAAGAACUCAAGGUUCAAGUUAAUCAAGCCACUCCUCCAUCUUCUGAUGGAUGGAGCAACAAUGGAUGGUUUUACAAUUCAGUCAGAAUUUCUUUGUUUCUCUGGGUUGCACUGCUUAAUCUUAUCACUAUAUCAUCAACCUGGGCAAGAGUUAUUGAUGUGAUGGAUAGUGAGUCAGGUUCAAGAUUGUUUGGUUUUAUUGGUGCUGGUGCUACACUUGGUCAGCUAUUUGGUUCAGUAUUUGCAACUGUAAUGGCGUGGUUAGGACCAUACUUGCUUCUUUUUGCCGCUAUUUUGAUGGAACUUGCUGCACAAUCUGCUAAAGGAAUUGACAAAGAUAUCUCUCGUCUUCCUGAAGAACAGUUUCCCAUAAGGAAAUCUGACUUUGAUCAUCUUAAUACGGCUAAUGAACAGACUGAACCUGCUGAUAGACGAUCUUCCCCUAGAUUAUCUUCUACAGCAGCAAAUCCUCAGUUCUUGGCUAUAUUAGAUGGACUGCGCCUGAUACUCGCAUCGAACUACUUGCUACUUGUUGCAUUAUUCUUGUGGCUAAGUGCAGUAGUCUCCUCUUUCUUUUACUUUCAGAAAGUGACUGUGAUUGCCACAAGUUUUACAAGUCCCGUUGACAGAAGAAGAUUGUUUGCUCAGAUCAAUAGCUUUAUUGCUGUUUUUAUUCUUGCUGGACAACUUAGUUUAACGGGUCGUAUCCUUACUAUCUUUGGGGUUACAACUGCUAUAUGCUCUGCACCAUUUGUUGCGAUCAUUAAUUUAAUUGCUAUAGCUGUGUGGCCGACAUGGAUUGCAGUUGCUGUGUGCGAAACAUUACGCAAGGUGGUUACAUAUGUUGUAACCAGGCCUGGAAGAGAGCUGCUUUUCACUGUUGUCUCACAAGAUGAGAAGUACAAAGCAAAGGUAUGCAUAGAUGUAAUUGUUCAACGGCUGGGGGAUGCUUCAGCUGCUGGAAUGUACAAGCUACUCUUUGACACGCUUAGUGGAAAGGCGUCUCUUGCCUCUCUUUGUGCCCUUCCUGUGUGCGUGUUGUGGAUGGUGACAGCAUUCCAUUUAGGGAGCCAGCAAAGGCGACUUGCAAAACUGCCACAAUCAUCGCAGUCACUUGAAACCUCCCCAAGAUGAUAUUGGUAGGGGUUUUGUUAAUGCAAUCAGAAAUGAACUUUACUAGGCAAUGGUUGGACUAGAAGUUUUGCGGCAUGACGAGUGAACCUUCGUUUUGACUGACACCACAAGACCAAGCAAUGAAGACCAAAGUUUACAUUGAAAUUGACCAAAAUGGUGAAGACCAAAUUCGGUAUAGAUAAGUGAUAGCUUGUUGACUUGUUUAUUGUAAAAAAUUAGCACGGCGAGAUAUAUGAGGUUUUUGGGUUUGUACUUUGCUAUUUCCUUUACCAUCUGCGAAGUUCUGUCAUUUUAUCUGCUGCUUACAUUGCCAAAAUGAUUGUACGCCCAAAAUUUUCCUUU